AUGUCGAAACAUAGACAAGGCGGAAGGCAAAAUAGAUCAUAUGGUGGAACUGCUGGCGGCCGUGGUGGCGGCCGUGGUGGCGGUAAUAAACAAGGAAAAAUUUUAUAUAACGCAGGUGAUGAACCAGCAUUUAUACGACAAUUUAAAGAACGUACUGGAUAUCAAGCACCAUCAACAACUGAUGAUAAGCGUCGAAUACUUAUCAAUGAAAUAAAUGAUAAUGAUGAACAACCUCGUGAUGGAGAUUAUCGAAAAGAUGAUGAAAAACCUCAAAUUGUACAAUUGAAUACAAAUGAUUUAAGUAAAGAAGAAGUUGAAAUCGAAUUAGCAAAAGCAAAAGAAGCUGAAGAAGAGAAAAAAUGUAUUGAUUCUAAUGGUCGUCUAUUAUUUCGUAAACCAAAAGAAAAAUCAGAUGAAAGUGCUAGCACAACUAGCAAAUCUGAUAUAGUUGAAAUGGCAUCAAAUAAAUCAACAAAACGAAAAAAUCCAAUACCAUCAACAACAACAACACAAAAAGAAAGUAAUCAUGGGAACUCGAAUGAAACAAAAAAGACUAAAAUACAAUUACUUUCAUUUAUGAAUGAAAGUGGUAUUGAUGGAGAUGAUUAA